CCGCGCUGAAUUUGAAACCAGGACUUUAUUGCGACGUUAGCCGGCUAGUUUUUAACUAUUUGGCCCGAUGCCGUUAGCCAUACAACAGAAACUUCGGGUGGAUUUAUUUCUCUUUGCGCACUUUUUGGUAUUUAAGGCAAAUAGUGACGCAAUCAAACAGCACCCGCGUUCUUUGUAACGUUAGCCAGCUUUAGCUAGUAAACUUCGUUUACCAAAGUAUUCUCCCCUCAAAACACCGAGAAAUAUUAGGUAUUGUGUCGUAAAGUGGGAGUUAGCUGCAGUAAGAUAAGUCUAUUCCUAUAUUAUUUCAGAUAUCACCCGUUUCUGUGCCUAACUUUAACGCUGUUGUUGCUAAUACAGGCAGGAAGAAGUUAGUUAGCAAACAAGCUAACAUGAUAGUUUUGGUGUAGCAGUGGCACACCGAUUAUCUAACGGGGAAACUCGUUGCAUGAACCGUCCACAAUGGAGGAUAACUCGUCUUGUUCUUCGGUGGUGAGUGGUCUUUCUCAUGUAUCUUUCCUCCAGAGGACGUUGGAGCGGUUAUCUUCCACACAGUGUCUGAACGUCCGAACUGAGGAGGCGGCUCCCGUCGCUGUCAUUGCACUUCAGAGGUACUUGUCUGAGCAAGCUGAGGGGCAACAGCCCGACAGCUACAGCUACGAUGUGACGGUCACUGACGGAGUCUGGCGAGCCAAAUGCUUUCUUCACCCUGGUUUAAAUCAUCUGGUGCACACAAACACCCUGAGGACUGGGACUGACAUCAGCAUCACUCGGUGCUCUUUUGUGUACAACGAGAGGAGACUGGGACACGGUUACAUCUGCAUUGAAAAGCUCAGCUGUGGCGCUGACAGAUCUGCUGUCCUGCCUCUUGUAAAGGAUGUCGGUUCGCUGCCUAUGCUGGUCAAACAUGGCAUGGAGAGGAGUGUGGUGCUGCAACGUGAUGUUCCCCUCCAGGUGAACCGCAAACAUUACCUGUCUCUGUGGAACAACGACGACCCGGAGGGAGACAUCUGGAUCUCAGACUCAUCCUCAUCUGACGCGGUGCUGGACGUGUCCAAGAUCACCCUUCUUUGUAGUCUGGAGUCAUCCUUCAGAAACACAUGGAAACCUCUCCCUCUUCUAGUGAAGAUAAUACACAAAUCCAGAUUACGGUAUUAUGGCAAGUUUGGCCUGAAGAUUGAUUACCCCUACCAGGCAUACUUUGAAGUUGCUGACCAGAGUGGGACAAUGUCCCUUGUGCUUUGGAACGAACUUUGUCCAGAGUUUUACCAGAGACUGAAUGUGGGCACAGUGUUGUACGUCCAAAAUUACACGUUGAAGCCGAGUUAUUCAAACCGGUCACACCCGCAAAUGGACCAUCACAGAAUGAAGACCUUUAACUCUGUAGAAAUCUGCCUGAAUCCUCGCAACCCAGCCUCAGUUAUCACUGUCGUCUCACCAAAGAGUGUCCUGCCUCAGUGGGGAUUGCCUGAUGUUUCCUACCAGUUCAUCACCAGGUCAGAGUUGGAAAAUUUAUCCAACAGUUCUGCAUGUGAUGUCAUUGGUUUGGUCACAUUUGUUGGCCGCGUUGAAAGAGUCAAGAGUAAAGGGAACAAGGGUCCAGAAAAAUAUUGGACAUAUCGCUGGAUCCACGCAGUGGAUGGAACGUCUAGCCACCCUUUCAUCCUGGAGGUUUUUUCCUCCUCUCAACCAGAAAUCUUCAGUCGUAUAUGCCCGAUGACCUACCUGGUGUGCACGCAGAUGAGAGUUUGUCAAGUGGAAGGCUCGUUGCCCUACCUCACAAGCAGCUGCGAGACAGAAACAUUCAUCACAGGCUACCACAAAGGUCAGCCAUAUGUGAGUGACCCCAAAGUGAAGAGCUUCAUCCAGUGGACCAAAACUCUGAAGGACAACGUUGUCCUGCAGAAGACAGCUGUUGGUGGUCAUUAUUGCUACCCUCGGCCCCCGCAGAAAUACACCCAACCAACGGCAGAUGUCUCAGCUCAAGGUCCUCUGGUUGCUGCGGCUGACUUGAAGAGGGAGUUAGAGACCUUGCAGUUUAGAGAGCAUAAACAACUGGCCAUUCAAGGACAGAUCACGGCAGUGCGCUACAUUAAAAGCCCAAAGACCACCGAGUCUCAAAGAACAGAAGAGAAGGAGGUGCCAGAUAUUCCUACUGAUGUGUGUGAACAAGCUGUACCUGACACACACAAUGAUCCCUCAGCAGCUGAGCAGACUUCACAGGCCAAUUUAAUAUCUCCCUCUGCUGAAGAAAUCUCUGCAAACAGAAGGAAACGAAGAAUUCAAAUGAGAGGAGCCACGCAGGCCUGCUUGAAUCAUCGUGACGUGCCAGCAAAAAGGAGGGCUGGACCUGAAACCACAGAGGAAGGACAAGAGCAGGAAGAAGAAGAGAGUGAGUAUGACUAUGAGGAGGCUCAGGAUGCCGAGCGUUGCCCACAACUUCAAACUGAAGACUCUGAUGUAUUGUCUUGGGAAAGCAGAAGUUGGCUGAAGCAACGACAAGAAGUGUCUGAACAUUUGUGUCAAGGCGGUCUGUACCAGGACAGCGUCUCUCGGAGGUUCACGUUCGACGAGAAGGACGUCCUCCUGCAGUGGAGUAACCUUCAGCCGACGCGGUGGGCACCAGAGCACACCGCUGACACCAUCCCACCCGUGGCUUCUCCAGGAUACUACCAAGUAACAAUAUUAGGCAUAAACAAGCAGAUAGCUGUUGAUGCUGCGUAUUUUCCUGUCGUGAGCUCAGAUGAGCCCAGGGCUGUGGGUCUUCCUCAGGAUCCCCACGGCAACACGAUGCUAUCCUGCCUUUCGUCAGGCUUCCUGUGCCCUCUCAGUGAUACCGCCAACCACAGUGAAGUGAUGCUUCCUGAGCCAGAGGAGGUCUUAGUUACUGCCAGCGAGCUGGAGGACGCACAUGUUGUGUGCAUCUUGGACCUUUGUCAUCUGGGUGGAGAUAAGGUGGAAGUCCUGAUCAACAAGAUGUACAGAGUGACAGAGGUUUCUCUCGACUAGGAGGUGCAGAACUAGUGUCCAGUUCUCUGAGGAAGUCUUGUAUUUAUUAUCAGUUUACAGUAAUCAUGUAAUUAGACAGUUAUUUUUGAUCGAGUGAAGGAAACCUAGUCUUAGACCAAACUUGAGUUUGAUGCUUGUAAAUUCUCUGAUUAACUUUCACAUGUACAGUAAAUGUUACAAAAUAUAAUUCUUCAAUCUUUUGAAAUAAGGAUUUUUUUAUGAUUGAUUUAAAUAUUGAAUUACAUAAAGUUGCAUAUUUUC